AUGAAUCCACACUCUUCCCACCAUCCGCGGACGCCACGUCCUUCCGUGGUAUCCAGCUCUAGUAAGUACGAGGUGGACACGUAUGGUAUGGAAGCACGCGCGCAAGAAGAUACCCGCUCAGAGGAAGACAGCGAUGAUGAAGACGAGAAAGCUCGCACGGAGGCCCAGAACAAGGUUAGGAAAGAGGAGAUCUGGAGGGACCUGCUAACAACGAGCAAUGGGCGGGACAAAGCCUUUAAACUCAUGCAGUAUUCACUUCGCAUGUAUUUGCUCUUUCAUACCACAGUACUGGCGUCUACUGUGCUACGGAAUGGAACGCGCUCGCCCAUCGAAACAGAGCUGCUCAAGCGCUGCGAAUCUGCCAUUGCUGGCUUCUCAUUGACUAGAAAAUGCCUCAUCCUGUUCAACUGGCUGACGCCACUGACCUCUAUAAUGGCUCAGCACGCGGCCGUGCCGUUCUCGUCGGAGGCACCCUCUACGUCAGGGUCAUCGCGAAAACGCAAACGCAAGCCUCUUCUCCAUACAUUGCUGCACGCGCCACCGCCAGUACUCCUGGAACUCAUCAAUGGCUUGUCUGACGACGUGUACACGUUCGCCAGGCUUGGCCUCAUUGGCAAGCGGCUCGGUGAACGUGCAGGGCGCUUUUCGGAUAUGUGCUGGUUCGUAGGUACCCUUGUGAACCUUGUCGAAAAUACCGUCGAGCGGAGCGUCAUUCUCGAGCAACAACAUGAAGUCGAGUCGCGGCUAUAUACGGACUCGAUGACAGGCGCAACGGCGAAAUCCAAUCCUGCUGCGUCAAAGACAGAUGAGAAAGAACUUGCUCGAUUGCAGCGGCAAGACUAUUGGAUACAAAUUACCCGUCUGAAGCUGCUGAUGGACCUGAUCUUCGUUUCGUACAAUGUGUUCCGGAUGAAACGAGCCAAAAGUCAGAUACAAACCUUCACCGGUCUGGCGGCCGCCCUCUUGAGCACUGUCAAGCUUUAUGAUCGUCAUAAGACGACUUUGGUGAAAGCACUGAACCAAUGA